GUAGUUGAUGUGAAUAUGUCACAGUGAAAGCUCUGAGGAAACGACUCAGAAUCGAGUGUUUCGACAAAAUGUGAAAAAUCAUUCAAGCAGGAUUCCCCCUUCUUGUGUAGAUCGGUGCAGGGUAUUACCGAACAGCUAACACCAUACCCCGCCUAAUUCCUGUUGUGUUUUAUUAUAAGAAGCAAUAAGCAAUACUCACAAAGAACCGGGAAUCAGAUACACAUCAAGGCAAGUAAGACUUGUCUACCAGUCAUUUUGCUAUAAGAUAUUUCACAUUAUCAAAUUUUCUUCUUUCUUUAAAUCUUGUCGACUCGUCCAAACACCCUUCUUGGAUUAUUCCAAACAGCCUUAUCGAGUUAUUCUAAACAGCCUUAUCGGGUUAUUCCAAACAGCUAUGUCGGGUUAUUCCAAACAGUCAUGUCAGGCUAUUCUAAACAGUAAUGUCGGGUUAUUUCAAACAGCCAUGUUGGGUUAUUCCAAACAGUCAUGUCAGGUUAUUCCAAACAGUCAUGUCGGACUAUUCCAAACAGCCAUGUCGGGUUAUUCCAAACACCUUGUCAGGCUAUUCCAAACUGUAAUGUCGGGUUAUUUCAAGCAGCCAUGUUGGGUUAUUCCAAACAGUCAUGUCGGGUUAUUCCAAACACCCAUGUCGGGCUAUUCCAAACAGCCAUUUUGGGCUAUUCCAAACAGUCAUGUCAGGCUAUUCCAAACACCCUUGUCGGGCUCUUCCAAACACCCUUGUCAGGGUAUUCCGAACACCCUUCUCAGGCUAUUCCGAACACACUUGUCGGGUUAUUCCAAACAGUCAUGUCGGGCUAAUCCAAAGAGUCAUGUCGUGCUAUUCUGAACACCCUUCUCAGGCUAUUCCGAACACCCUUGUCGUGCUAUUCCAAACAGUCAUGUCGGGCUAUUCCAAACAGUCAUGUCGUGCUAUUCCAAACAGCCAUGUCAGGUUAUUCCAACAGUCAUGUCGGGCUAUUCCAAACAGUCAUGUCAGGUUAUUCCAAACAGUCAUGUCAGGCUAUUCCAAACACCCUUGUCGGGUUAUUCCAAACAGUCAUGUCGGGCUAUUCCAAACACCCUUGUCGGGUUAUUCCAAACAUCCAUGUCGGGCUUUUCCAAACAGCCAUGUCGUGCUAUUCCAAACAGUCAUGUCGGGUUAUUCGAAACAGCCAUGUCAGACUAUUCCAAACAGCCAUGUCGGGUUAUUCCAAACACCCUUGGCGGGUUAUUCCAAACAGCCAUGUCGUGCUAUUCCAAACACCCUUGUCGGGUUAUUCCAAACAGUCAUGUCGGACUAUUCCAAACAGCCAUGUCGGGUUAUUCCAAACAGCCACGUCGUGCUAUUCCAAACACCCUUGUCGGGUUAUUCCAAACAGUCAUGUCGUGCUAUUUCAAACAGCAAUGUCGGGUUAUUCCAAACACCCUUUGUCAGGCUAUUUCAAACAGUUAUGUCGGGCUAUUCCGAACACCCUUAUCACGCUAUUCCAAACAGUCAUGUUGGGCUAUUCCAAACAGUCCCAAAUUCCAAACAAGUCAAGGUACGCUAUGUUACAACUGAUAUUUUUUUAUCUCUUCGGGAUAACCCUGAUACUCGAGUACUGUUCCUGUAUAAAAAGCAGCAAAUAUGAUAAUACAUGUACAUUUGUAUUGAUAAAAAGAUACGUUUUAAGAUAC